AUGACCUAUGGCAAGAAAUCAUGGGAAGGAUGGGUGAUUGAGGAGGAAGAGGGUAUCGCACAAAUUAAAGAAGCCUUUGCGGCUGGUAUUAAUGUACAGUCCUUCCACGCUGUCCCUCACCUC